GAGAGAGAGAGACGUAGAGUAGAGAAAAGGAGAAUCAAAGAAUAUAGUAUUCCACUGAUCGAAAAGGGUGAGGAGAUGAUUAAACUAACAAUCCACUAUGGUGGAGAAAUGAAGAAAGUAGAAGAUGAUUACAACUAUCUUCAUGAAUUAGGUUGUAAAAUUGUUUUCUGGAAAUUGGCAGAGGUUGGAUGGGUGAAGUUUGAAGACUGUUGUAGAACUGAAUGUGUUAAGGCCCCAAUAAGUAUCAUUUGGUUCAAAGAUGCAAGAGAGGAGAUGAAGAUGUUGCAGUAUGUGUUUGAUAGCUCAAAUUUUGACAUGCCCGAGCUACAUUCUUCUGCAAAAUCAACAGGUGAGAUUGAUGUAUUUAUUGAGCAUGGUUGUCCAGAUCAUUUGAUUGGUUCUGUUGAUGGAACAAGUAUAAUGGCUGAGGGGAUGGGAGAAAAAGGAUAUGAAGCUGAUGAAGAUGAGAGGAUGGAAGAAGAAAUGGAUUAUGAAUCAGGUAAUGAUGAUGACAGGCCGCCAAAGGAAGAAGAUGACCCUGAGGAAUCUGAAGAUGAAACACAUGUAGUUGAGAAAGAGGUUGAUAACAAUGAAAAAGAAGUAGUUAGUGGAACUGAUAUGUUGAAUGAGAAUCAGAAUGAAAGUAAGGGUCAAACAGAGAUCGAUGAUGGAGAUGACGUUGUGAUAGAUGCAGGAAAUGGGGCUAAUGAUGAUAGGUUUCAGACAGUGUUUGAGGAAGGUACAAAGACAACUACAGAGUUAGAUGAAGCUAUGCGUAAAUUGGCUGAAGAAGAUGCACAAAAACAAAAAGACGAAGAAGAAGAAACAGAUCCAGAGUUUGGCUUAGAGGAUGUAAAUUAUCCAUAUACUCCAAUAGAGUCAGAAGAGGAGUGGGAGCAAUGGAAGAAUCCACAACGAGAAAAAAAGAAAUCAGAAGUAUCAUGGAGAUUUAAAUACGGAGCCCUAUAUCUGGUUGUUUCAAACAUUCAACAGUGGAUUGGAGUUUAA